AUGAUUAUAAUUCUGCUGGUGUCUAUGCCAACGGUGUUGUACAUUGACAAUGCCACAUUCUUCAAUGGAGUCUUUCAAAACGUGGGAAGUGUUGCAUUAUUUUUUGACUGCCUGGGUUCUCAUUUUACUUGGUUGCAGUCCAUCUUCACUAACUUCCCUGCCCUGCUCAAUUUUGUGAACAAAAUGAAGUGUAUUACUGGGUUUUGUCCCAGGGAUUUUGAAGACUAUGGUUGCUCUUGCCGGUUUGAGGUGGAAGGGCUUCCCGUGGAUGAAGCAGACAGCUGCUGUUUCCAACAUCGCAAAUGCUAUGAGGAAGCAAUGGAGAUGGAGUGUACAUGGGAUCCAUCAAAGAUUUCUACAGAUGUCAGCUGCCCUACUGAAAGGCUGAUCUGUGAGUCUGGAGAUCCCUGUGAACAGCUCCUCUGCAACUGCGACAAAGAUGCUAUUGAAUGUUUUCUGCAUGCACAUAUUAACUCUUCCCUGAAUGGCCUAGAUGUCUCCUUUUGUCCAUCUCUGGUUACAGAAACAACUAGCAUGAAAGAGCUGACAACACUUCACAUGGAGGAAAUCUUUCACCAUGAGACUGACAAAACGCAGCCUGCAACUGCAUCCGUGGAAGUGAUUUCUUUAGAGCCCAGUGAGAUGAUUGUGGGGACCUCCAAAGCAGGAGAAAAGGAUGGAUUUACAGAAGCUGCAGUCCCAGUGGAAAAGAGAACCACUUCUCUAACCUCAUCCCCAGGAGAUAUUAACUCAAUAAAAGUCAAAAUUAUCCCCACUGAGAAUAUUCCUGCAGGAACACCUGCGAUGACAAAAGAAAAAGAGACAAGCCCCACGGGAGGUGGCCAGAGCACAGCUCACUCUGAAAUAGCUCUGGAACCAACACUGUCUGACAGAGGACCCGAAGAAUUUGCAGGAAAAGUAUGUGAACGAUUAACCUUUCUGCAAGAGAGGGGAAAUGGGAGAGUGAAGAGAGAGCUGCCUCAACUAGGAGAGAUGCUGUUCUGUUUAACUGAGCGAUGCCCACAGGAAUUUGAAUCUUAUGGUUGCUACUGUGGCCAAGAAGGAAGAGGUUAUCCUACUGAUGCGCUGGACAGAUGCUGUUUCUCUCAUCACUGUUGUAUGGAACAAAUUAAGAAAUUUGGAUGUCAUGCAGAAAGAAGUUCAAGAUCUGAAGUUGUAUGUUUUGAUCACAAGCCAAAAUGUAUUGGCUGGACCUUGUGUGAGAAAUUACUAUGCGCUUGUGAUAAGACAGCGGCUGAAUGCAUGGCUUCUGCCUUCUUCAAUGAAAGCCUUAAGCUUCCACACAAGCAAGUAUGCCAAGAGGAAAAAGUCUCAUGUCGAAGUGGAGUAUAUGAACGGCCUUUGAGUGGUACAGAGUUAGGCACUGGGAUUUCUAGCUCUGAGGAAAGCAGUGAAGAGGAAGGUCUGCUACGGAGCAUAUUAAGAAGAGCAAAGAGACAGACACACCGUCCAUUUGGAAGAGUAAGAAUUCUACAACAUGAAGGCAGAUAACCAACCGUAACCAUUUGUUUGAGAAACGGCAUGGAAAAUUUCAGUCAGCCACUGUGUACCUUACUCUGUCCUGUCACUGUAUACUAUCUUACAUUUUCCA